AUGGAAGACUUAGUAUCAAAUUUAAAUGAGUGUAAUACUUUGCUGUCAAAAUUGAAAGAAGACACAUUGCCAAAUCCAAUUAUGUUUAUGUUAGAAAGUCAACAAGUGAUUAAUAGAAUAAAAUUGAAAUCAGAAUGUUUUUUAAAAAAUGCCAAAGUAGUAUUAGACAACUUAUCAGAUCCGUCUGACCAUAUACAAUCAGUUUCUAAACCAAAUUAUUUUGUUGAACAUGAUCCAGGGCGGCGGUGUGAUAUUACUUCUUCUUCACAAAGGCAAUAUCUUUUAUCAUUGGGUCCACACCAACCUAAACUUUUAAAAUAUCCAAUCAACAGUGAUAUUGAUCCAUCAAAACAAAAAAGUUUUAAUCCUAUUUGGUUAAAAGAAUAUCCUAUGCUAGAGUAUAGUUUGAUUACUGAUUCAGCAUAUUGUUUUGUGUGCUCAUUAUUUCCAAAAGGGUUAGGAAGACAGUUUUCAAAUGAAGCAUGGGUAAAGCAAGGUGUUAAUACAUGGCAAAAAAUGAAAAGUCGAGGAAAAGCAAAAUUAGGCAAGUUGGAACAGCAUUUUAAUUCUUUAUCACACAAAGCAGCUUUAAAUGAUUACCGCAGCUUUAUGAAAGAGUCAAAUCAUAUUGACAUUAUUAUGAAUAGAUCAAAAAGACAAGAAUCCAUCAAACUAGUACAAGAAAAAGAAUUUAAUAAACAAAUAAUUAUAAUUUUAUUUGAUAUAGCACGGACAUUGUGUAGGCAAGGGUUGUCUUUUCGUGGAGAUGGUGACGAAUCUAGCGGUAAUUUUAAUCAAAUGGUUCAACUUAUCUCUAGGCACAAUCCCUUAAUGAACCGUUGGAUAAAUGAAAAAUCAUCAAGAUCUUACAAUGUCACAUAUUUAAGCCCCCGUUCGCAAAAUGAGUUUAUUGAUAUUCUAAGUAAUGAAGUAAGAAGAAUUAUUGUGAAAGAAGUCCAGGAAGCAAGCCUAUUUUCAGUCAUGGCUGAUACAACCCCCGAUAAUUCUCAUAAGGAUCAAUUGGCAGUUUGUUUGCGUUAUGUUAAUAACAAUGGAAAAGCAAUUGAAAGGCUUUUAGAAAUAGCUGAAGGAGUAGACAAAACUGGCUUAGGAACAGCUAAACAGAUUAUUGAAAUUUUAACUAAACAUUCUUUAGGAACAGAUAAUUUGGUAUUUCAGUCAUAUGAUUAUGCUAGUAACAUGUCUGGGCAGUUUAACGGUACACAAGCUAAACUUUCAGAACUAGUUGGUCAUAGUGUUUUUUAUAUUCCAUGUCAAGCGCAUCGGAUGAACACAUUUUUGGAACAUGCAUGUAAUUCUAGUUUAAUUGUGUCAGAUAUGAUUGAUAACUUGGAAAACCUUUAUGUAUUUUUUUCAGCUAGUAAUAAAAGGUAUAGUGUAUUGAAUAAGCAAAUGAACAAUGUUGAUAAUACAUUACAACUAAGAAACUUAUCCAAAACAAGAUGGACAGCCCGUGCAGAGUCCAUUAAAGCUGUUUGGGCUUCAUAUGAAGCUAUAUGUAACACUUUACAAUAUAUUUGUUCACAUCCUGAGAUAUUCGAUAGAAAUACUAGGACAAAAGCAUUUGGCAUUAAUAAAAAGAUGCAUUCAUUUGACUUCAUUGUCUCCUUGGUAUUUAUGAAAAAUAUAAUGUAUAAAUUGAAAUCACUAACCGAGACAUUAGAAACAAAAAGUUUAUGUGUAAUUGAUGCUGCUGUUUUAAUAGAGGCUACAAUUAAAAAUUUAGAAGAUAUUAAUUCAGAUUCAGAAAGAAUAAAUGAUCUGAUUGACAGCGCAACCUUGUUCGCAGCAAAUCUUGGUAUAGAUUCAAAAUCUGAUUUCAAAGUUCAUCACCGUACAAGAAAACAGCCCACUUGGUUGGACGAAAAUGCUGAAUGA